GGAAAGUUGGAUAUCGGUGGUUCUUUCUCUUUUCUGAAAAUCUUCGACCUCCUACUAACCACCAGGACCUCGACCAAGCCGCCAAGAUGGGUGCCCUCAAGUACGUCGAAGAGCUUCAGAAGAAGAAGCAGUCGGAUGUCGUUGCCUUCCUCCUCCGAGUUCGCUGCUGGGAACUCCGUCAAUUGAACGUCAUCCACCGCGCCUCUCGCCCCUCCCGUCUGGACAAGGCUCGCCGUCUCGGAUACAAGGCCAAGCAGGGCUAUGUUAUCUACCGUGUCCGUGUCCGCCGUGGUGGCCGCAAGCGCCCUGCUCCUAAGGGUGCCACCUAUGGCAAGCCCACCAACCAGGGUAUCAACCAGCUGAAGUACCAGCGAUCCCUCAAGGCUACCGCUGAGGAGCGUGUCGGCCGCCGCUGCGCUAACCUCCGAGUCCUCAACUCCUACUGGAUCAACCAGGACUCUACCUACAAGUACUACGAGGUCAUCCUCGUCGACCCUCAGCACAAGGCCAUCCGCAUCGACCCCCGCAUCAACUGGAUCGUCAACCCCGUCCACAAGCACCGCGAGUCUCGUGGUCUCACCGCCACCGGCAAGAAGUCCCGUGGUCUCAACAAGGGCCACCGCUACAACAAGACCCAGGCUGGCCGCAGAAAGACCUGGAAGCGCCACAACACCCUGUCCCUGUGGCGAUACCGAUAAACAGCUCGCCCCCUGCUUCGGGAGGAGCUGGCUUUGUUAUUCGCAACGCGGCUGUUCGGUUGUACAUGCGAUUUGGGAGGGUCUGGUUUUGGCACUGCAUGCUUGGACUCUGGGGAGUCGGGAACCUUAUUUGGUAGCACAAAAAAUGGAAUCAAAAGCAAUUCCAAUUUCAUGAUCAAGAUUAAGAAUAUGGUUUCCCGAA